AUGCCGUCUCCAGUCGCCUCUCAAAACGGCGAACCGCCGGCGUCCCAGCAUGAGGGCGGCGAUAAGGUAGAGGGAGGUAACGGACCCGACAAGCAUACGCACACGGAGACCAAGACCCCCGAGCCCCAGGACGACCAGCAUAGUCCCAAUUCGGAUACUUCCAGCACACCGGGACAUCUUGCUCCCUUUGACUGGGAUGACUUUGAGGCCCGCUACGAGAAGGCUCUACGAGAGGCAGACGCCCACGAGAGAGAGACUCUCAAAGAAGCCGAGCAUCUCUCCAAGUAUUUCCAAGCGUGGGCGUCGGCCGCGUCGGCCCACGACGAUGAGCGGGCCGUGAAGCGCUUGCGGACAAGACAACGCUUCGUCAAUCUGUCGGAAGAGAAAGCUGCGCAGAAGCAACAACACUACGAGGAAGUGGUGCGCGCUUUUGAGAGUGCCCUGGCGCUGCUUCAGGCAAAGUGA